UAUGCCGAGCGGCGGGUGCUUUGGAGGCGGUGUGUGCGGAGAGGGGUUGUGGAAGUUAACAUCGUUUCAUCGGUCUUCCACCGUGGGGUGAAGGUGGUGGAAACUUAUAGAUACAGAGCUGCUGGUUUUGUUUCGAUAUUUUUAUUAAGCCGUCAUGAGCCAGGCCAAAAAUUCAUCGGCUCUCUCCUAUGAAGGCUGCAAAAAUUUCCGAAUGAGAAUCGUGCUCUCCACUUUGAGUGGAAAAGUGGUUAAAAUAAGGAAGUUUCGUGGUAGAAAUGACGACCCUGGUGUUGACGAGAGUGAGGCCAGUUUCCUGCGUCUGAUGGACAAGCUGACCAACGGCACGCGGAUCGAGGUGAACGAGACGGGUACCUCUGUCACGUACGUGCCGGGCCUGCUGGCCGGCGGCCAGCUGGAGCACCACUGCAGCAAGAAGCGCGGCGUCGGCUACUACUUGGAGCCGGUGCUGAUGUUGGCGCCGUUCUGCAAGAAGCCGCUUCACCUGACGCUGCAUGGCGUCACCAACAGCGAGGUGGACCCGUCGGUGGACCAGCUGAAGCACAGCUGCCUGCCGGUGUUGCGCUGCUACCUGCUGCUGGCCGACGAGCAGCUGCAGCUGAAGAUCGUGCGGCGUGGCAUGGCGCCCGGCGGCGGCGGCCAGGUCCUCUUCAGCUGCCCCGUCCAGAGAACGCUGCGCGCCACUCAGUGGCUAGACGCUGGCAAGGUGAAGCGGAUCCGCGGCGUGGCGCACGCGGCGCGCGUCUCACCCGCCAUGGCCGGCCGCAUGGUAGACGCGGCCAAGGCGGUGCUGCUCCGCCUCCUGCCCGACGUCUACAUCUACACGGACCACUACAAGGGCGACGCCGCCGGCAAGUCGCCCGGCUUCGGCAUCAGCCUGGUGGCCGAGACGACUACUGGCUGCACGCUGACGUCAGACGUGACGUCACGGCCGCAGGGCUCGGACGGGCCGCCCAGCGUGCCCGAAGCGCUGGGCACAGAGGCCGCCGAGCGGCUGCUCGACGAGAUCUACAGGGGAGGUUGCGUAGACUCCUUAGCGCAAAGUACCAUGCUACUCUACAUGUGCCUUGGCCAGAAGGACAUUUCAAAGGUCAAACUGGGUCAGCUCACACCAUACACUAUUGAGUUUCUUCGUCAUGUGCGGGACGCGUUCCUCACGACGUUCCGGAUAGAGAACGUGCUGCCGACUGAAGAGGAGGAGGACCUGAAGUUGGGAGGAGAGAAGCUGACGCUCACCUGCCUCGGAGCCGGCUUCAGCAACCUCAGCAAGACGGUGUCCUGAAGCCUGCGCGGAAUCUUGGCAGUUGCUGGCCGUUGCGAUGCGAGGUGUAUUGCUUGUGUGAUGUGUCAAAACGCUACGAGUGUUUCUGCCGUUUUUCAUAUGACCCAAUACAAAUGUUGUCGAACGCGACGUUUCAACGUCGGCAAAUA